CUCGCCUGUCGACGUCCAGCACGAUGAGCCAACCCGCGUCGACGUACUCGUUCCCGGUGCUCAAGAUGUCGGACCUCUUCCUGCACCUCAAGGGCAUGAACAUCACGUUCGUCGAGGACGACAUCCGCAACUGCGAGCCGAGCGCAGUGCGUCGGGUCAUCGAAGACUUCAUCCUUGUCAUCAUGGGCAUCGGCAAGGACGAGCUGUGCCAACCUGCGCUUUCGGGCCUCAGCGCGCUCGAGUACCCGCAGCUCCACGAAGACUCGAUCCCAGAGAUCGCAUACUACCGGACGGCCUGCCGGCUCACGCUCGCCGCCGGCGUCAACGACUUUGGCUGGGCCGACGUACAGAAGCCGACUCUCAAGCGCGUCCGGCGUAUCCUCAGCGCGCUCAUCAACUUUACGCGCUUCAAGGAGGAGCGCACGACGUUCCUCGCCCAGUACGAAAAGAAGACGGACGACGAAUUGCGCUUGCGGCAGGAAGCUGAAGACGAGAAUGCAGCCUUGCGGCGCCAGCUCGACGAGCUCCGGGCUCGCCAAGCGAACGAAGCGCCAGCGCUGCAGCAGGUCAUGGAGGAGUGCGUCGUCCUCGAGGGCGAAAUCAACGUGCUCAACAAGCGCCAGGCCGUGCUCCGCCAUGAAAAUGCUGGCAUGAAGAACCAAAGCAACCAGCUCCGCGACGACUACGCGUCGGUGCAAUUCGCAGUCCUCGAGGCCAACAAGACCACUGAGCGCCUCCAGAGCAAGAUUGUGAGCUCGCCUGCGCGGUUCAAGUCGGAAAUUUCCGAUAUUGCGGUGCAAGUCGAUGCAUCCAAGGAAGAACUGGACCUUUUGGAUCGACGCACGACCGAACUUCAAAUGACUCAUGACGUGUUUGCCCGGGCCGACAAGGAAACCAACAAGGCCAUUGAGCUCAUGCAAGAAACCGAAGUGGACACGGCCCGCUGCAAGGCUGAGAAGGACAACGUCAAGGCACAGCAUCAGCUCAUUGAGGAAAGCUACAAUAAGGCCAAGCACGCGGUCGCCCACCACGCGCGCCUCCAAAAGCUGUUGCAGCAGCGCAAGGAGCAGCUCGAACAGUACAAACUGCAAGGGUCCAAGAAGAUGCAGGCAGCGGAGCAUGCUCUCGAGUCGGCCUUGAACGACUUGGGCCAGCGUCAGGAGAAGACGCGCGGUAUUGAAGUGGCGAUCAGCACCAAGCAGCAGUCGGCGCAGGAGCUGCAGCGCAAGAUGCAGCAAGAGCAAAAGGAGUACGAGCACAGGCUGCGAGAAAUGGAGGAGACGUUUAUCCAGAUGGAGAUGCAGGUCAAGGCGUACAACCGGAGCUUGCUGCAGGUCAUGGCCGAGCCGGCACCGUAAUCACUAUGUUGCUAGACUAUCUAAAGUGGACAUGUUGUACAUAUCUCUCGCC